AUGAACCUCACCAUAAUUAACCGGAGUGGCUGCGAUGUCUGCACUGUUCAUGCUCCCAUCUACUUCACCAAAUAUUUCCAUGCCCUCAAGCUGCUGAAGAAUGCCCACCCUCCUGCACUGGCCAGCUUGGUCAAUGCCCGUGCCCAACUCUCCAUGGGGUCCCGCGCGGCCCGGGGGUGCAGCCGGGGCAGGACGGGCGCGCUCCGGCUGCCGCCAACUCAGCCCGCGUCCCCAUCGCUCUGGCGGAUGCAGGUCGAGCGGGUUAUUCCCUGCACUGGGCUGCAGCCAGGCGGGCUCAAAUCGCCCUUCAGUGCCGGGGCUGCAUCGCCCCGAGUCCCGGAGGCGGGGGCGGCGGCGGCGGCGGCGGCGGCGGGGGGAGCCCCCUGGCUGCCAUGCUGGUCUCUGGCCCUGACCCCUCUUCUCUGCCCCCAGUUUGACGCCGAGUUCCGCCGCUUUGCUAUGAAACGCUCCAGUGUGGGCGGCUUCCAGGAGUUCUACCAGCUGAUCCAAACAGUCCAUCAGAUCCCCCGCAUGGAUGUGUUGUUGGGGUACACGGACGUUCACGGGGACUUGUUGCCCAUCAACAAUGACGAUAACUACCACAAGGCACUCUCCUCCGCCAACCCACUGCUCAGGAUCAUCAUCCAGAAGAGGGCAGAAGCUGACUCCAGCGUCUUUGCCUCCAACUCCCUGCAGCGGAAGAAGAAAGGGCUGCUGCGGCCAGCGCACCACCGGGCCAAGCCGCAGCUGCUGAUCGGCCUGCCCCAGGACUUCCGGCAGAUCUCCUCCAUCAUCGAUGUGGACAUCCUGCCCGAGACGCACCGGCGUGUCCGGCUGCACAAGCACGGCUCUGACAAGCCGCUGGGCUUCUACAUCCGUGACGGCAUCAGCAUGCGCGUGGCCCCCCAGGGUGUCGAGAAGGUGCCCGGCAUCUUCAUCUCCCGCCUGGUGAAGGGCGGGCUGGCCGAGAGCACGGGGCUGCUGGCCGUCAGCGACGAGAUCCUGGAGGUGAACGGCAUCGAUGUGGCCGGCAAGUCACUGGACCAGGUGACAGACAUGAUGGUGGCCAACAGCCACAACCUCAUCGUCACCGUCAAGCCGGCCAACCAGCGCAACAACGUCAUCCGGAGCAGCAAGGCCUCGGGCAGCUCGGGCGUCUCGACAGACAGCACGCCCAGCCCCGCCUCCCACUACCUGAGCCACUACAGCACGGCCGAGGGUGAGAGUGACGACGAGGGGGACCUGGUCAUCGAGAGCAACGGUGCCGCCCGCUGCCCCAAUGGCGGCCUCCUGGACAAAAACUGCCAGCAGAUCCUGGCGCUGCCCGGCUCCCUGCACUCGCUGGGCAGUGCCAAUGGCAGCCGCGUGGACAGCCUGCAGGAGGAUGGCACGCUCCUCACCCUAUAGAGCGCCAACCCCCCUUUGGGUGGGACCUCGCUGGCAUGGGGGCAGCGGGCAGUUCGGAAGGCCCUGGCAGCCAGCCGGGCCCUGCCCCAGUCUGUCUCCUCUCCGGCAGGGCCAGGACGCUGGGCGCCCCAUCCCCACCGCAGGAAAGGUGGCAGCCGAGAGUGGAGACGUGAGCGCUGAGCCUUGCCCCUCCCCCGUCUGUGGGGCUCCCUCACCCUUGUGGGGAACCAAAUGACUAGACACUGCCCCUCUCAGGCCCCACCCCUGGGCCAGACCCACCCCUCACUCACCCCUUUCUUUCCAAUCAAGUGGGUUUUUUAAAUUGUUUUAUGAAAAUAUGCAUCAUAAAUUAAUAUAUUGCAAUCGGCCAUUAAACCUUUUCUAGAAAGCG